AUGAACAGUAAGAUUCUGUAUUCAUUUAUCAAAAGAGGAAACAUUGAUCCAUCAAAUAUUUUUGAUCUAAAUUCAGAAACAGGUGAAAUUACUGUGAAGGGUAAACUAGAUUAUGAAGAAACACCUGCUUAUGAAGUGAGGGUCCAAGCUAUGGAUCAAGGUGCCUCUCCUCGUAGUGCACAUGCUAAACUACUGAUAGAGAUAAUUGAUGUGAAUGACAAUGCUCCAGAAAUAUCAGUGACGUCUCUCAUGACUCCUGUAAGAGAAGAUGCAGAACUGGGGACGAUUGUUGCUUUUAUUACAGUGAGUGAUAAAGAUGGAGGGCCAAAUGGUGUAACUAACUGUAAAGUAGUUGGCUCUGCUCCUUUUAAACUCAAGUCCAACUACAAAAAUGACUAUUCAUUAGUAGUAGAUGGAACGCUGGACAGAGAAAACACUUCUCUUUAUAAUGUUACCAUUGCAGCUACAGACCAAGGAAGUCCUCCUCUGACUAGCAUCAGGGUGAUUACUGUUCAUGUUUCUGAUGUCAAUGACAAUGCACCAAGAUUUAUGGAGCCUGUCAUUAAUGUGUAUGUAAAAGAAAACAGUCCAGUAGGUUCAGUUAUUUAUACAAUUAAUGCAUUUGAUCCUGAUCUGGAUGGAAAUGCAAAGCUGACUUACGCAUUGUUAGACAGUUCUACAAAAAAUAUUCCAACUUCUUCUCUUCUCAACAUCAACUCUGACACUGGAGACAUUAUUAGCCUUCAGUCUUUUAACUUUGAAGAGUUGAAAACAUUUCAGGUUAAGGUUCAGGCCACAGACUCUGGUGUUCCUCCGCUCAGCAGUAAUGUGACUGUGCACAUUUUUAUCCUGGAUGAAAAUGACAACAGCCCCUCUAUUCUUGCGCCUUAUUCUGAGCAUGGCUCUGUUAAUAGUGAGAACAUCCCCUAUUCUGCUGAAGCCGGAUACUUUGUAGCAAAAAUCAGGGCUGUAGACGUAGACUCUGGAUACAAUGCUCUGCUUUCUUAUCACCUGUCUGAGCCCAAAGGAAACAACCUGUUCAGGAUCGGAACCAGCACCGGGGAGAUCAGGACUAAGAGGAGAAUGAGUGACAAUGAUCUGAAAACUCACCCCUUGGUGGUGCUGGUCUCUGAUAGUGGAGAACCCUCCCUGUCAGCUACUGUGUCUAUUGAAGUGGUGGUGGUUGAAAGCACCGCUGACAUCCAGACUCAGUUCAGACAUGUGCCUAUAAAGGAGGACAACUUCUCUGACUUGAACCUGUAUCUGCUCAUCGCCAUUGUCUCAGUGUCAGUGAUCUUUCUGCUGAGCCUCAUCAGUUUAAUAGCUGUCAAAUGCCACAGGACAGACAGUUUCAGCAGGUACAGCGCCCCCAUGAUCACCACCCACCCUGAUGGGAGCUGGUCUUACUCUAAAUCUACUCAGAAUGGUGAGCUGAUCAGUAUUAACGAAGGAGACACUUUUACCAGGACUCAGACUUUACCUAACAAAGAGAAGUGGGUUUAA